UCAGAUGGUAUAAAUAAGACCCUUUUCAAUUUCUGUUCAUUCUAUUACCUUCCCCCUACAAAGAAACAUUCAUACUCAUCUAUUACCCAGCAAUGGCCAAGUUUGCAGUAUUUGGGAGCAGCUAUGUUACUCGUCUUGAGAGAUAUUGUCAUGGUGAUCUUAAGGUUCCUGGCACCGUCAGAUUCUUCGGGAAGGGUGGCAUGCGUUCUGAUUCGAUUCCAAGACAACUACUUAGAGACCUGAUAGAGUACAACCCUGAUGUUGUACUCAUCCAACUAAGAGGAAAUGACAUCUCAGCGACAUCAUCCCCCAACGACAUUUUCCAGAGACUUCUGACACUGCAGGUGGACCUACAUCAUGCUGGAAUUCAGGAGGUGUACUUUACAGAGAUUGUGCGACGUGGUAACUUUGACAAGUCCCCCGGCCUGACAGCGACGUCUUUUCAGAAACAACGGAAGAAGAUAAAUCGACUACUGCUGACUAGACUGAGAUACAUCAAGAUUAGAGUUAACUUUCCAGAGGACUAUGACCGUGACCAAGUGCAUUUCAACGACUCAGGACUCAGGACCCAGUUCCAUGCUUUGAGACGACCAUUUUUUGCAUAAUUGAUUGAAAUUGAUAAACACCUUUUAUUAUGUCAUGUUACGCUUUGUAAUUUAUAAUAUUUUUCAAGCAUUUAAUCU